AUGUUGUCCUGGGGUUUUCGUGGAACUGUUCGCCAGUACUGUUCAGACACAGUCAAGCUUCCUUUGAAAGAUGGCUCUUCGCUAGAAAGCGAUUCCACCAAAGUCAUACCUUUCCAGCAGUUGAUUAACCAAACAAAAGCCUUCAGAGACAAAGCAAGAUUCUAUUUGAACCCAUUGUUGUUUAACGGUGCUCUUCAGACGUUUUAUUUGUCCACUCAUGACUUCAAGAACAGCUACAAGGUCUACUAUGGAAGAAGAACUCUUGUCUCCUUAGAUGGCAAAAGCACUGCUUCUUUGGACUAUGCAAUCGAUGAUCCAAAUCUAUCCACUGAGGAAUUUGAAAAAUUAGAAAAAAAAACUCAUCCUGAAGGCUGGCCAAGGUUGCAUCCCAGAACCAGAUUUUUCAGUGAAGAAGAAAUUCAUGAGAAGGAUGCACCCUCUGAUGAUUCAAAACCAAUGUUGAUUAUUUUGCAUGGGUUGGCUGGUGGCUCUCAUGAACCCAUUAUUAGACAGUUUGUUGAAAAAUUGUAUUACACCAAAUCUGUCUUCAAAGAGAUUAUUUGCUUGCAUAGCAGAGGUUGUGGAAGAUCCAAGAUUACAACACCAGAGUUAUUUUGUGGUUUAUCAACCGAUGAUUUGAGACAAUUGAUAUUAAACUUGAAAAAACAGUUUCCAAAUAGACCAAUUUUUGUCAUGGGCUUCUCUUUUGGUUCUGUUACUGUUGUUAAUUACCUCGGUCAAUAUUCUGGAAAAGAUUCCGGUGUUGAAUGUGCUGUUACAAUUGGUAAUCCAUGGGAUAUGGUUGAUUCAAGUUAUCACCUUCAUGACUCAUUAUCAGGAAAAUACAUCUUCUCACCUGCUGUAACAUCUUUCUUGUUUAAACUCAUUAAAAAUAAUUAUAACGAAUUGAAAGAAUCCCCUCAUUAUGAAAAGUAUAAACAGCAACACCAACCCAAAAAUUUGCCUGAGUUUGACACAUUAUUCACUGCUCCUAUUUUUGGUUUUCAAACUGCUUAUGAUUAUUAUAGAAAGAGUUCUCCCGUUAACAGAUUACCCAAAAUCAAAACACCAUUACUAUCAAUUAACUCCACAGAUGAUCCAGUUACUGGAACUCAUUUGCCAUGGAACGAAUUUAAAGCUAAUCCAUAUUGUUGUCUUCUUAGUACUGAUUUAGGUGGUCAUUUAAGUUGGUUAAAGCCAAAUAACACUUCUUGGUUUGUUGAUACCGUCAGUGAUUUUUUCAAUAACUAUUACAAUGAAUACGAACCUAGACGUAGCGUCUUUGAUGGUGUUUAUCCUUUUUAA